AUGGAGCUCCAUAGCGAAACUUUCUGCGAUCUAUCUGAACUCUAUACGAUUAAAGAUUCUAAUUACGAAUCUAGUAAAAAUGAGGGCAUCAGUUUUAUGGAAGAACUCGAAGAAUUCAUACAAAUACCUUCAAGUUUACUGAACAAGGAGACGAGAAAGAACGUAGAACGAAAACCUGAAAUUGACGAUGACGAUAAAGCACUCUCGGAUAUUCUUGAUUUUGUAGUGGAAAUGGAAGAGCUGGCCGAGAAAAGACGUUCACUACGGCAACCAGAACAAUUUCAGGUGCAACAUAAUGCACCCGGUACAGUACAGUACUACAGACCACCCAUGCAAGAUAUGAAAAGGUUGGGAUCUGGAAAGAAGAAGACCCAUCAGUGUGUGAGUUGUGAUCUUUGGUUCACCAGUGAAGGUUUCUUGCAGAGGCAUUUGAAAUCUACCGUCCAUAAGAACAGGUCCUAUUGUAGAAGGUCUAAGAUGGUCUCCCAAGAAUCUAAUUGCGAAUCUAGUAAAAAUGAGGGCAUCAGUUUUAUGGAAGAACUCGAAGAAUUCAUACAAAUACCUUCAAGUUUACUGAACAAGGAGACGAGAAAGAACGUAGAACGAAAACCUGAAAUUGACGAUGACGAUAAAGCACUCUCGGAUAUUCUUGAUUUUGUAGUGGAAAUGGAAGAGCUGGCCGAGAAAAGACGUUCACUACGGCAACCAAAACAAUUUCAGGUGCAACAUAAUGCACCCGGUACAGUACAGUACUACAGACCACCCAUGCAAGAUAUGAAAAGGUUGGGAUCUGGAAAGAAGAAGACCCAUCAGUGUGUGAGUUGUGAUCUUUGGUUCACCAGUGAAGGUUUCUUGCAGAGGCAUUUGAAAUCUACCGUCCAUAAGAACAGGUCCUAUUGUAGAAGGUCUAAGAUGGUCUCCCAAGAAUCUAAUUGCGAAUCUAGUAAAAAUGAGGGCAUCAGUUUUAUGGAAGAACUCGAAGAAUUCAUACAAAUACCUUCAAGUUUACUGAACAAGGAGACGAGAAAGAACGUAGAACGAAAACCUGAAAUUGACGAUGACGAUAAAGCACUCUCGGAUAUUCUUGAUUUUGUAGUGGAAAUGGAAGAGCUGGCCGAGAAAAGACGUUCACUACGGCAACCAGAACAAUUUCAGGUGCAACAUAAUGCACCCGGUACAGUACAGUACUACAGACCACCCAUGCAAGAUAUGAAAAGGUUGGGAUCUGGAAAGAAGAAGACCCAUCAGUGUGUGAGUUGUGAUCUUUGGUUCACCAGUGAAGGUUUCUUGCAGAGGCAUUUGAAAUCUACCGUCCAUAAGAACAGGUCCUAUUGUAGAAGGUCUAAGAUGGUCUCCCAAGGUCUAGACUCUAGGACCAAACAUGAAAGACAACGGCUUACUUAG